AUGGGACCCUUGAAGGUGAUGACCUCUCCAAAACCCGGCGAAGCUGCGAUGGAUAUUCGUGCAAACCCCCGUGGUCUUGUGCAGCGGGGUUUCGUUUAG